AUGCCCAGCUCGCUUUUCGCGGACAUGGAGAGGAACGGGGGCGGCGGCGGGGGGGGCGGCGGCGGCGGCGGGGGGGGCGAGACCCUGGACGACCAGCGCGCCCUGCAGAUCGCCCUGGACCAGCUCUCCCUGCUGGGCUUGGACGGCGACGAGCCGGGCUCGCUGUACGACGGCGAGCCGCGCAAGAAGAGCGUCAACAUGACCGAGUGCGUCCCCGUGCCCAGCUCCGAGCACGUCGCCGAGAUCGUGGGAAGGCAAGGUUGUAAAAUCAAAGCGCUGCGGGCGAAGACCAACACGUACAUCAAGACGCCGGUGCGCGGGGAGGAGCCGCUGUUCGUGGUGACGGGGCGCAAGGAGGACGUGGCCAUGGCCCGGCGGGAGAUCAUCUCGGCGGCCGAGCACUUCUCGCUGAUCCGCGCCUCGCGGCACAAGAGCGCGGCGCUCAACGGCGCCCCGCCCAGCCCGCCCCACCUGCCGGGCCAGACGACCAUCCAGGUGCGGGUGCCCUACCGGGUGGUGGGGCUGGUGGUGGGGCCCAAGGGGGCCACCAUCAAGCGCAUCCAGCAGCAGACCCACACCUACAUCGUCACGCCCAGCCGCGACAAGGAGCCCGUCUUCGAGGUGACCGGCAUGCCGGAGAACGUGGACCGCGCCCGCGACGAGAUCGAGGCCCACAUCGCCCUGCGCACCGGCGGCGGCGUGGUGGAGCUCACCGACGACAACGACUUCCACGCCAACGGCACCGACGUGGGCUUCGAGCUGCACGGCGGCGGCGGCGGGGGCGCCGGCGGCCUCUGGAGCAAGCCCACCCCCCCGCCGCCGCCCCCUCCCCCGCCGCCCCCGCCCCCGCCCCCCGCCCCCAGCGUCCCCCCGACGCCCGGCCGCAAGCCCUUCUGCAGCAGCUACCGCCACGACAGCUCCAGCUCGCUGGGCAGCGCCUCCACCGACUCCUACUUCGGAGGGGGCCAGGGCCGCCUGGGCGACUACAGCCCGCCCAGCCCGGCCCUGCCCUUCCCGCCCCCCGCCUACGAGGGCCUCUCCUCCCCGGAGCUGCCCCCCUUCGACUCCCCGCCGGGCUUCGAGCUGGCCCCGGCCCCGCCGCCGCCGCAGCAGCCGCCGCCGCUGCUCUGGCCCCAGUUCGAGCGCGGCCCGCCCUCCCCCGGCGGCGGGGCCUUCCCGGCGGCGGCCCCCGGCGCCCUGCUGCGGCGAGGCGCGCGCCUCUCCCCGCCCCCGCGCGGGGGAGGGGGAGGGGGCGGGGCGCCGCCCGGCGAGCCCCACCCGCUGGCGCGCCGCGUGCGCAGCGACCCCGGGGGCCGCCUGAUCGCCGCCGCCGUGGCCGCCGCCGCCUCCUUCCCGCUGUACGCCGGCGGCGGCGGCGCCCUGCCCGGCCUGCUGCCCUCGCCCUCCUCCGCCUCGUCGUCCAGCUCGUCCAGCUCGUCGUCCAGCUCGUCGUGCUCGUCGUCGGCGCGGCGGAGGGGCGGCGGCGGCGGCGGCGGCGGGCGCGACUGCUCGGUGUGCUUCGAGAGCGAGGUGAUCGCCGCCCUCGUGCCCUGCGGCCACAACCUCUUCUGCAUGGAGUGCGCCAACCGCAUCUGCGAGCGGAGCCAGCCCCAGUGCCCCGUGUGCCACAGCGCCGUCACCCAGGCCAUCCGCAUCUUCUCCUGA